UGGCUUAGUAGAGUCAAUGUUUACGAUGUUCAACAAAUGCAUGAUUCCUAUUUUGCUUAUUUAUGCCUUACACAUUCAUGGCAAUUCUUGUCUAGAAGAGAUUCAUGACCUCCGCAAAACCGUCGAGGAGAACACUGAAAUGUUUCGUGCUUUUAAAGAAACUGUGAACAACCAAGAACGACGAAUUCAACGUCUGGAGACUCGCCUGGCAAAAUCCGAAGACGAAAAACUUAUUUUGGCAAGAAGAUUGGAAAUACUAGAAAAUCUUACGUUUAAAAGCGAACAGGAUCCUGAAGUGGAACUCUCAACUCAAGAAAUACGACCCCCUGAGUGUAAUGAAAAGGUACACAGCCAGGAACGUGAAAAUCAAGACCUGAGAACUCGACUGGCAAAGUCCGAGGACGAAAUACUGGAUAUGAAAAGAAGGACGGAAAAGCUGGAAAAUCUUAAUUCUAAGCCCGAAAUCCUUAAAUUUCCCGAAGAAAUUAUCCUAUCCAAAGAAGCAUCGUCUUUUCAGGAUAAUGGCACGACAUAUGUUAAGGAAAGACAAGCCCAACAAGCACAACUAGAGCAUGAAUCGGUUUCUCAGAGAGUUUCACCUGGCGUUGGGGCUUUCUACGCUUACAUGAGCCACGACGAGCCUAAUCCUGGUCCCCACCACACUCUUAUUUUUGACGUACCAGUUACCAACCUGGGUAAUGGCUAUAAUCACUUUAGUGGCACUUUCAGCGUUCCCUCCUCUGGGGUAUAUGUCUUCUCUUGGACAAUUCAUUGCUCCGAUCGGGGAUACAUUUACUCCCAGCUUGUGGCCAAUGAUGAUGUUCUAGGGGCUAUAUUAACCAAUAGUGAAAGUACAAUUGAUUGGAUUUCAACGACGGGUCUCGUGGUGAAGGAAGUCAAUCAUGGUGACGUGGUCUAUGUCCGUACAGACCCCGUGCAUGGUCCUGUUGGAGAUAUCAAAUCAUCCUCUACACAUUAUCGAACUUCAUUUAGUGGAUGGAAACUUCAAUAAUGUCAACGAAAUCUUACAAUGCCAACAGAUAUACUGAAAAAUAUAAUGGUGACAGUAAUUGUGUAUUUUGAUUUACUUUUUUACAAGAAGAAUAAAAUGUGUUGAUAUUUAC